GAACUGGAGGGAUUCUCCUAAAGCUUUCUCUGUCCAUGCUAAUGUCCACUUCUGAAGUUUGGGCUGUGUCAAGUUCAGGCCAGAGGAUACCAGAGGGGGAAAAUUUUUAAACUCAUAGCUGCUUCAGUGAUACUUUUAAUUUUGAUCCUCUUACAUAAUCCACCUGUACUGUUUACUUUCCAGAGUCCUCAAGUAGCUGAUCCAUACAUUCUGUCCAGGGUUUAUAGCUAUAUUCCCUUGAAGAGACAAAUGGGAGUGUGCUUAUUCCUUCUCUAGAAUUGGAACCUGACUUAAAGGCUUUUAAUUUGUUUUUUCUAGGAAUUUGAUGAGAAGCUCAAGUUUUGAUUCAAAUAUAUUUUGAGUGUGAAACCAGAGAUGUACUAGAGUUUAGAUUCUUUCAUUUGAGUAAGGUAUGGUCUGAAUAUGCGUUGCUUGGCAGCUCGGGUCAACUAUAAGACUUUGAUUAUCAUCUGUGCACUCUUCACUUUGGUCACAGUACUUUUGUGGAAUAAGUGUUCCAGCGACAAAGCGAUCCAGUUUCCACGACACUUCAGUGGCUUCAGAGAUGGAUUAGAGAAAAGAGCAGCAGCAUCUGAGAGUAACAACUAUGUGAACCACAUGGCCAAACAGUCUGAGGACGCGUUCCCUCAGGAACAGCAGAAGGCGCCCCCUGUUGUGGGGGGCUUCAAUGGCAAUGGGGGAAGCAAGGUGUUAGGGCUCAAGUAUGAGGAAAUUGACUGUCUCAUAAAUGAUGAGCAUACAAUUAAAGGGAGACGUGAGGGGAAUGAAGUCUUUCUUCCAUUCACUUGGGUAGAGAAAUAUUUUGACGUUUAUGGAAAGGUGGUUCAGUAUGAUGGCUAUGAUCGAUUUGAAUUCUCUCAUAGCUAUUCCAAAGUCUAUGCACAGAGAGCCCCUUAUCACCCUGAUGGUGUGUUUAUGUCCUUUGAAGGCUACAAUGUGGAAGUCCGAGACAGAGUCAAGUGCAUAAGUGGGGUUGAAGGUGUGCCAUUAUCUACACAAUGGGGACCUCAAGGCUAUUUCUACCCAAUCCAGAUUGCGCAGUAUGGGUUAAGUCAUUACAGCAAGAAUCUAACCGAGAAACCCCCUCACAUAGAAGUAUAUGAAACAGCGGAAGACAAGGAGAAAAACAGCAAGCCUAACGACUGGACGGUGCCAAAGGGCUGCUUUAUGGCUAGCGUGGCUGAUAAGUCUCGAUUCACCAAUGUUAAACAGUUUAUUGCUCCCGAAACCAGUGACGGUGUGUCUCUGCAACUGGGGAACACGAAAGAUUUUAUUAUUUCAUUUGAUCUCAAGUUCUUGACAAAUGGGAGUGUGUCCGUGGUUCUAGAGACCACAGAAAAGAAUCAGCUCUUCACUGUACAUUAUGUCUCUAAUACCCAGCUAAUUGCUUUUAAAGAAAGAGACAUAUACUAUGGCAUUGGACCCAGAACUUCGUGGAGCACAGUUACCAGGGACUUGGUUACUGACCUCAGGAAAGGAGUGGGUCUUUCCAACACGAAAGCUGUCAAGCCAACCAAAAUAAUGCCCAAGAAGGUGGUUAGGUUGAUUGCAAAAGGGAGAGGAUUUCUCGACAACAUUACCAUCUCUACCACAGCUCACAUGGCCGCAUUCUUUGCUGCCAGUGAUUGGCUGGUAAGGAACCAGGAUGAGAAAGGUGGCUGGCCAAUUAUGGUGACCCGGAAGUUAGGGGAAGGGUUCAGGUCUUUAGAGCCAGGGUGGUACUCUGCAAUGGCCCAAGGGCAAGCCAUUUCUACGUUAGUCAGGGCCUACCUGUUAACAAAAGACCAGGUAUUCCUCAGUUCAGCUUUAAGGGCAACAGCCCCUUACAAGUAUCUGUCAGAGCAGCAUGGAGUCAAAGCUGUGUUUAUGAAUAAACAUGACUGGUAUGAAGAAUAUCCAACCACACCUAGCUCUUUUGUUUUAAAUGGCUUUAUGUAUUCUUUAAUUGGGCUGUAUGACUUAAAGGAAACUGCAGGGGAAAAACUCGGGAAGGAAGCGAGGGCCUUGUAUGAGCGUGGGAUGGAAUCCCUGAAAGCCAUGCUGCCCUUGUAUGACACUGGCUCAGGAACCAUCUAUGACCUCCGUCACUUCAUGCUUGGCAUCGCUCCCAACCUGGCCCGCUGGGACUAUCAUACCACCCACAUCAAUCAGCUGCAGCUACUCAGUACCAUUGAUGAGUCCCCAGUCUUCAAAGAAUUUGUCAAGAGAUGGAAAAGCUACCUGAAAGGCAACAGAGCAAAGCACAACUAGAGCUCACAACCAAAGUCACUUCUCAGCCUCUGCUGUACCCAGAAGCUCUGGAGCUUUCUCUCAGCAAAGCAUCGUUGCAUUUUAAAAGGUUGUAUACUGCGUUUUUGUGGAUUACAUCAAAGUGAUCCUUAAAUCCAGUCUUCUGAGAUAUUUGCAUUCCACGGGCUAGGGGUUUAGAAGUGUAGGUGGCAUUUAGAGCACAAAAGUGUUCAGGGCUGAACAAAGGUGUUUUCCUUUACCUUGUUUCUUACUCUCUCUGAUUCCACAGCUAGUCCAGUUCCUCUCAGCUGUGGAAAGGUAAUGGUGAGUAGCUAUACUGGCCAACUGUCUAGCCCAUACCUAAGAACUUAGUAUGGAGCUCUUUGAAAAUGUGACUAUUUAUGUUGAAAGCAGACUUUAAAAAAGUAAUGUGCUGUGAUACAGUAAAUAUGUACUUGUAGCCUGGAUAGUGGACUGUGCAACUUUUUAAAAAGAUGUUUCUUUUCUAUAGAUUAAUUUCUUGGGGGCAAAUGAACAUUUGUUGCAUUUGUUCAAUUUGUUAUAUAUGGAGAGUAUUUUGAAUUUAUGGUUUUCUUGAAAUGUGUAAGUUAAAAACACAACCAGUGUUCAGGCUUCACAGUUAUGUAAUGUAAGCACAACUAAAACAAAAUGUGUUGACUGCACAAGAAAUUACAAAAAUGUUGUCUGUUUUAUGAAACUCGAUCUACAAUCAGUAAAGGUUUGAUAAUCAGUCUGUCCUUCCCCCACCGCCAUUGUGCGGUUUGCUUUUGUCCUCAUGUAGAAUUUUGUAUUUCAUUUCAGACGGCACUUGAGAGUUUUGUCCGUUGUGCACAACAUUACUUGGGAGAUCUUAUUACAAGUCUAAAUGUGGGAAGCGGCUCAUAAUUGUGGUAACUCCACCACCGCCGCCCUUUCAGGACGGAUUUUUUCCCCUUUAAAGAAGAAUACUUGAUCAGAUACUACAUACAAAAAUCACAGCAGGGUUUUUCCCAACUUUGAUCAUUCUUGGUCAUCAGCUUUCCAAACCAUUGACCCUGUGUGUUGUUUGUCCUUUGCAGUUGUAAUUUUCAGUUAUUCCAACUACUAGACAGAAAAGAUGCUACUGCAGUUGCUGUACGUGUGUAAUCAGACCUUUGUUUAGGUUGUAUAUCCUCCUAUACCUCACGUAAAUAGGGUUCAUAGCCCUCAUACCAUGGGCAGUGUCUGCUGGAGGGCCUCAGCAUUGGGUUAAAGCUGAGGGGGGUUGAUUUUGCUCUGGCUUUUGUUUUAGUGCAUGACAGUGCACUAAACCCAAACUAUAACUUCUACAGAUAAAUUUCUACACGAGACCCCACACUUUCAGGGCACCGAGUCUGACAAACACAGUGUGGUUAUCUGUGACCUAUAAGCACACCGGGAGCCAGGUGGGUGGCUUGCCUGCACACUGUUCAGCCUACUAAGACUAUAUGGAAUCAGAAAGGGGAAAAAACAAGAAGGGACAGGAGUAUAAAUCUACACUGAAGACAGUAUUAACCUGGCCAUAGAAAAGUAAGCUCAAACUCCCAACUUAUGUGACCACGACUUUUAUUUUGUCCACAACAAAAUAGUUGUGGGUUAUUAGAUUCUUCCUCGCGUUUGCCGUUUGUAGUUCUUAUACAUUAGAUGCCUCAGCAAGAGUAUCAAGACUCCCUUAUUUUUAUAAAAUUUCAGGGCCAACAUUCAAAGGUAAACCUUCGCCAAUCUGAGAACGCUUUUUCUUCGUUGUAAUUGUUCUGUUGUUGUUUUCAGUGGUCCCGACUUCUGCUUUGCGCUUGCAUACUGGUACUUCAGAUUAGGGGAAUCAGUGCGAAGAGUAUGGUACUGCUUCGGUGACAAAUACCAGUGCCUUAACAAUGUGGCUGUCCUUGUCCACUGAAGACGGAAAGACGUUGAUCUGGAAAUGGCUUUGCUGUUUCACGCUUGUUGGUUUCACACUGCCUGCCACAUUGCCACAUGAUUAUUCUCAUGAUCCUGGAAUUUUCUAAGAGGGUGAGUUGAACCUGUAGCAGCAUUGUCAAUACAAACCAAGUGGUUCUCAAACUUCAGGAUGCCUCGGAAUCCCCUGGGGAGCUUACUGAAACGCAGAUCCCAGGGCCUCAGUCCGUCUGGCUGUGAGUCCUGAUGAUCUGCCUUUUCCAGGUGCAGUCAGGUGUUUCUGCUGCAGGUGGUCUGGGGGGAGAGGGGGCUGCAAACCUGGAGGAACACUGCCCUAGACAGCCUGUUGCAGUUUUGCUCCUAAACACCUACAGUUCUCUUAGGUUUUAAAUCAUAAAACAUGUGCUUAUUCUGAGUUUAGAGAGAAUGGGGAAGGUAUUUUAAAUCUUUAUGGUUUUGUUUUUUCACGUUUUUCUUUGUUUCAAGAUUGUAAGUUUUAGGAUUUGUUUUGUUUUUUUCCACCCACCUUGAGUUAGCUUUGAUGUUAGAUUAAAUCUCUUGCCACUUCAGUUGUAAAACCAGCCAGAAGUUUCUAGGUGAAGGUUAGUUUGACCCUUGAGGAGUUAUUAUACAUAAAGGCUUCAUCCAAGAACCACGCAGUGCACGUGAGCACACACAAUGUGACAGCCAAGCACAACUCUCCAGGUGUGGCCGUCCUUUUUCUUGGUCAGUGUGAAAAUUGACACUGCAAGCUGCUAUUUUUAUCUCCUUGUAAUUGUUUCUCUUGUUUCUCCUCCAUGGUACAUGUGGGUUUUAUACCAUGUGUUAAAUAUGCAAUAAAGUGUUUACUGGAUGCCCUUCCGAAGGGUAGUCCUUUGUAAAGCUGUACAGACUUUGCAGUUUAAGCACAAUGUGCACAUGUUAGUUUUAUAUACAGCAAAACGUGAUUUUUUGCAGAUGGAAAGGUAUUUUGUUUCUAUACAAAGUAAAUGGACUGUUUGUGCUUAAUGUAAAGCUGCUUUAUAAAAUUGUUAAAUAAAGUUUUUAUCUUGAAAGGAGUAUCCCUGGACAUUUUCUUCUCUCUUUAUUCUAAGAUUGUUUGAGCCCACAAGCAGAUUUCUUACCAUCAUUUCCUAUUCAGCC